AUGCCUUACCACAGAGUCUUUCGCCUCGUCCUGCUAAUGCUGUGUGGCAUCCUGGUCCCUGCUGUGCUGGCAGCAGAGUACCCACAGGGCCCGGUCCCCACCCUCUGGAAUGAGCCACCUGAACUGCCUUCCGGAGCUGGCCCCUUUGACACCGCCACCACCACAGCCCGGCUCUCGGACGCCACCACCUUCCCCCCAUACACCUCUGAGCUGGAGCCUGAGGACACCACCCACCUGCACCGGCUGGACGCUGGGGACGGCUCACUGGGGCCCGGAGCUAUCGGUGCCAUUGUCAUCGCCUCCCUCCUGGGUACGUCUGUGCUUGUGGCCUUGGUCGUCAUCACACUGAGAAAGUUCUCGGCCUCUUGAACUCAAUAAAAGAUUUUUCUGUAAAACA